CACGCCGGGUUGGGGUCUUGCUGUUUUGCAUGGAGACAAAAAUGAAGAAAAAGGUGGAGGGGAAAGGCGCAUGCGGAAGACCUUUACAUUGAGGUGGUGUUUUGAGGGUUGUCGCACAAUUUUGGUGAUAGCGGUUUUUGGAUAGGAGAGCUUGGUGCCUGUGCAGGGAAGUUGUACGGUAUGUGUCUGGCGUGAGGUGAAGGCACGUGCGUGAGAGGGCGAGGGCUGGGACUAGCUACGGCAUACUUCGCAUCCGAUGCUGCCUAAGCCCUGACAUUUGUUUGAUUUCUUAAGUUGAAUGCCGAGCCAGCGAAUGCGUUGCAGCUUGUUGCUGGUUGUCACAAUGCUGGGCAUACCGUCAACUCCACGGUAUGGUGGUUCGGCGCUAAAAAGUGGCAUUGACACGUUUUUUUACUGCUAUUGCGUUUGGACCGUUGACUAGUCAAGGCGACGGCAGCUGCUGUUUUGUUGGGCAGUGCUAAAAAAAGCCAUUGGCAACUGCGGUGAGAUUGGGAAGCAGGUAUUUGAAGAAGCGGUACUGGUUUGGGGUCUGUCGAUGGCCGAAGGAUGGAGGAAAGCCUGCACACACCACCCGGCAACGGCGAAGGCUGGAUGUGCAUGCAACAUGGUGUGUAGGCAUGUGUGUUAGCCGUGGCUUGCAAAUGGCACAAGCGCGGUGCUACUGCUCGAUGUACGAGAUCAGCGUACGAGGGUCACAUGUCACAGCUCUCCGCAAGCUUAGAGAGACGUGAAAAGUUAACAUUUUGCACGUUACUGUAACGCACGUUUUGCUAGAACUAGCUUGGUUAUACGUAUCAUCCGAGAACAAAAAGCGAAUUGUAAACCGUGACGCCUUCCUCUUUCCCUGCGUCUUUACGUAUACAGGGGUAAAACUGUGCCAAUACUACUAAAAUCAAUUUACCCCUGUGCAUGUUCGCGACAUACGACUAACCCGAUAGACUGUGACAGAUAGAGGAAGGGCUUUAGGAAUGACUUUAGGGUGAACAUAUGUAGCUCUUGCAGAUGGUAUCUAGUAAUUGUCGAUUUCACGCGGCGGUGUUAUCGCUUACCCGGCAUUCGAUGCUAGCCUAGCUUGGGUGGAAGGCCACCUGCCCGGCGGCAGGGACUGCAGUACUUCGUCAAGGAACUGCGUCCCGCAAGCGGCGGGUGCGCAACUGGAAUGGGCUGCUCAGGCAGCAAGUCUAUAUUUACGCGGGAGUCCCCCCUUAGUGAAGCUUUGGAGCGCAAACUCAUCGAUGCAGUCAUCACUACAAAAAAGAGGAAGGGCCAUGUUGUUAAGAAAAGCAGCUUCAACAAUCUUAUGCUGCAAUUGCCCAAGCUAACAUCCGGCUUCAAGAAAAUACGCGACGCGUAUUCCACGGCGACGGCACCUACAGGAAAGGUAUCUUGGGGCACCUUCCGAGCACUUUGCGGCCCAAAGCUCGGGUUAGACCCAACCUCGGAAACCCUGAAGGAGGUGCUCAUCCUGCCUCAAGUGGAUGCCGGCGUGCCUGUCACCCAUGCCGACCUCAUCGUCCUCUUCACGGUUGUUUUCCUGCUGGACGAUGCCUCCAAGCGACGAACCAUCGCCUCCCCCGACGUGCGCGGAUGCCUGGACCUCAUGGAGAAGAGCUUCAUGUUCUUCGACUCCUCCGCGGACGGCUGCAUCGAGCGCAAGGAGCUGGCGCUGGCACUCAAGAGCGGCACUAAGGUGUUUGGGCGCAAGGCCUCCAAGACGCUGGCGGACCGGCUGUUCGACCAGCUGGACUGGUCCAAGGACGGUCAGAUCACGUUCAAGGAGUACCUUGUGGGCAUGGAGCGCAUCAUCAUCGAGACGGCGGGCGAGGAGGAGGAGGACAUGCGGCAGCUGGGGCUGCUGGGGGGCAGGGCGGCGGAGGAGGAGGAGCAGGGGGAGCAGGGGGAGGGGGAGCAGCAGCUGCUGCUGGGCGAGCAGGAGGAGGGGGAGGACCCCAGGGACGUGGACGUGGGUAUUGUGGAGGAGGGGCCGCAGCAGCAGGGCGAGGGGAGGCAGCAGGCGACAGCUGAGUCGGGCGCCCCGGGUCUCUUCAUGCCGGCCGGUAACAGCCUCGGUCGGAAACAGCCACCGCCGCCGCCAGCAGCAGUAGCAGGGUUGUCAAUGUUUCCAGACGAGCCAUACACACCUCUUCAACCCAUACAGCAGCAACAACCACAGCAACAACAACAACAGCAGCAGCAGCAAGCGUUUCAGCAGCGGAGGCAGUCGCAACGGCAACAAGGGCAGCAGCAGCAGGAUGAUGGCGGCCAGGAAGCAGGCGACCAGUUUCGGGAUUUCGAGCGGGAGCGGAUGCCUCCGCGGCCCUCCCAGCGGUGGCAGGAGCCGGACAAGCCGCCGGUGGUGGAGCCGGCGGCGGUGCCGGAUAGCACGGAUGAGGUCCGGCCGUUCACAUUCUCGGGCAUGGGGGAACCCGAAUCACCCGUCCGGAAACCUGCAGGGUGGCGUUGAGGAGGGUGGUUUGGCUGGUAGGCGUGUUGCAGCAAUGACAGGGGGGCGCUGUUUGGGAGGGAAGGGGUAACCGAAGGGGGUGAUGCUCGCUUUUGUAGCAUGUUGAAUUGUUGAUGCUGGUGAUGCGUUAACAUGGGGUGGUGCAGAUAGAGUGUGAUGUGGAGCUCGGCCUCGGGGAUGCAACCAGCAUCAGCAGACGACCCGUGUGCCGCAGGUAGUGCCCCCUGAGGUGGGGUGCCGUCACCAUUCUGCCACACGUGGUGGUGGUGGUGUGGUGAUAUGAGCUAUCGGUGAUUGUGGAGCAGGACGCGAUUGAGUCAUGGAGUUGCUGCAUGUGUGUGUGUUCAGAAAACUGGCCGCAAGUCGGAAUGUACUGUGUGAUUGCCGGAAGGUGACCCGGAGGAAGGUGAAGUCCCCACAGAAACGCCACAGGAGUCGAGGAGUGUGGUUGUGUGUGUGUAGGGGUCGUGGUGGCUCCUGGGGUUGGUUGGUAGCGACGUCCGUGCUCGUCGGGUCCCCGGGUUUGGUGGGAUUCGGGGUUGUGUCGAUGAGAUGCAUGUGGCUCGGCUGUGCAUGAGACCCCCGCGUCGCGUUGUGUUGCGUUGUGUGCAUGUGCGCGCAUACGCACAUCAAUUAUACUCGGUUUUGCCCUUAACCACUCACGUGUGGUAACAUAUUCUUAACGCAUAGACGCAACCCACGACACGGACAUGUGAUGUUGUCCGUUUAAUCCGGGACAGAAUUAGGGAACAUGCUCCUACGGAACCUGGCUUCUACCGAUUGGAACCAACCGAUUUCACCACUUCACCACGAUUUCACCAACCCAAUUGGUUCGGAGGUUGACAUGUCUGGAAGAAUGGGGUCGGUAAGUUUGGACCACCCCCUGCUGUGUCAAGGAAAGGUCAAGGUCGUGAGAACGUUACUGUGUUUUCAUCAUGCGUAGAAGGCUUUGUGGGGCCCUAACGUACGCUGAUUUCUCCACAUUGCUGUGGUGUGGUAUUGGAGUAUAUGGACUCGUAAGACCGACCCCAAGUGUGACCCAUGGGUCGGUUGGUACUGCGCACACAUGGUAAUGUUACGUGGCCCCGGCUGGUUUUACACAUGUGUAGUUUUACACAUGCGUACGAAAUGUAUCUUCCCUUGGAUGUGUAUGUGUACCCGCUAAAGGUGUGUAUGUAGCGCCUCUUGGGGCGCCGUCCAAUGUUUGACUCUUGCCGUCUUGCAACGUCAAUGGACUUCAAUUGACUCUAUCCUGGGCGGGUAAGGGAGCCGCAGAGGCUUUCUUCGUUUGACGCGGACUGUGCUUUCGGAUUGAACUGCAAAGCGACUGGGGUGUGCGACGGCACAGAGAAAUUGACGGCUGCAUGCAGACUAGCGGUAUGCUCCUUUGCAAUUCAUGCAGCGGUUGCGUAUGGAGGGGCUUGUAAGUGGUGAUCCAUUCACUUGACGGUUGAUUAUGGAUGUGGUGAUUGCAGUGGUGAUUCAUGUGAAUGCUGUACGAAGUACGAUGCUGUGUGUACGGCAUGCAGCAGCGACGUUGGCUGACCCUUUGACAUGCUGACAAGCAGCAUUCGGGUCCGAUCGGGGCUUGGGUGAGAGCGCGUUGGGGAGCUUGAGGAACUUGUAGCAGCAAGCUGCUUGGGUGCUUGGAUGCUGCUGCAGGGCCAGUGGCCAGCUGUCGAAUGCCGGUUUGUGGCGUGUUUCGGAGCAUCAUGCUUUCAUGCGUGAUUUGGAACGACCCGGGGGUUGCCGUGCAUAUUUGUGACCGCGGAGAGGAUUUUGAAGGCAUGUAGGUGGCAUGGGGAAUAACGUGUGACACACACUUGGCAUUCCGCCUUGACUCGCAAGUGUGUUUCGCUUCGGGUG